AGGGGGGCAGGCGGCGCCUGCGCAGUGCGCCGCGGAGGAGCUGUGUGUAUGUGAGAGUCUGACGGGUUCAAAAUGGCGGCGGCUGCUUCAGCGGCUCCUCCUGUGUGAGGGAAACAACACCCCUCCCCGGCGGCGGCGGCGGCGGCGGCUGCGGCUCGCAGAGCACCUUCCUAGCGGCUAGGCCUGUCGCCGCUCCUCUCUCUCCUGGGCAGGGGACGCUCCGGGAGGAGGGGCAACGCCAGGGGGCCCAUCCCCCGGAAUCCCUCCUCUGCGACUGGGGAGUAGCCGGGGGGCUCGUCCCGCAGCGCGGAGCCCGGGCUGAGGGGGCGACGCGAGGGGAGCCCGGGCCCCCCGCCCGGCGCGCCGCGCCGCUCCCGCCCUCUGCGCCCCCCGGGGCCGGGGCCCGCGUUCCGGGGGGCCGGGGCGGCGCGGGGAAGCCUCGGCCCGGCCGGUCUCAGCUGAUCGGCCGCCGCUCCCGGGGCUCCCGGUGGCUGCUCGCCGAGGGCACGGCGAGGAGGGGGCCCCCCGCGGCCGGGGCCAGCCCGGGGCUCGGGCUCCGUCCGCUGACCGCUGGCCCGGGGGAGGCGGGGGCGCCCCGGGCUCGGCGCCGAGGGGUCGUGCGCCCCGCUCCCGACGCCUCCGGCCCCCGGUCUCCAAAGCCAGAAGAGGAGGUCGGAUCCAGCCACCGUUUCCUCUGCUUCCCGGGUCGCCCUGACCCUCUCUGGAUACUGGCUUGAUCGACGGGAAGACCGAAGGCGACGCUCUGGGAUUUAAUUUUUUUCUCCUCUCAGUGUUUGGAAUCUUACUUCUCACUUGGACAAGAACUCGAGAGCGAAAUCCCCGGAGGAAGAGGAAGGCAGCCCUGGAGUGGUUUCUUUACUGUAAUUUCAACAGAAGAGUGAGAGAUGGAACCUGAAGAAGAAAGGAUUCGUUACAGCCAGAGAUUGCGUGGUACCAUGAGACGGCGCUAUGAAGACGAUGGCAUUUCAGAUGAUGAAAUUGAAGGGAAAAGAACUUUUGAUUUGGAAGAAAAACUCCACACCAACAAAUAUAAUGCCAAUUUUGUAACUUUUAUGGAAGGAAAAGAUUUUAAUGUAGAGUAUAUCCAGCGGGGUGGCUUGAGAGACCCUCUAAUUUUCAAGAAUUCUGAUGGACUUGGAAUAAAGAUGCCAGACCCAGACUUCACUGUGAAUGAUGUCAAAAUGUGUGUGGGGAGUCGCCGCAUGGUGGAUGUCAUGGAUGUGAACACACAGAAGGGCAUUGAGAUGACCAUGGCCCAGUGGACUCGCUACUACGAGACCCCAGAAGAGGAGCGAGAGAAGCUCUAUAAUGUCAUCAGCCUAGAGUUCAGCCACACCAGGCUAGAAAACAUGGUGCAGAGGCCCUCCACGGUGGAUUUCAUUGACUGGGUAGACAACAUGUGGCCAAGGCAUUUAAAAGAAAGUCAGACUGAAUCUACAAAUGCCAUCUUGGAGAUGCAGUACCCUAAAGUGCAGAAGUACUGUCUAAUGAGUGUUCGAGGCUGCUAUACUGACUUCCAUGUGGACUUUGGUGGUACCUCUGUUUGGUAUCACAUCCAUCAAGGGGGAAAGGUCUUCUGGCUCAUCCCCCCUACAGCCCACAACCUGGAGCUGUACGAGAAUUGGCUGCUGUCAGGGAAACAGGGAGACAUCUUUCUGGGUGACCGGGUAUCAGAUUGCCAGCGCAUUGAGCUCAAGCAGGGCUAUACCUUCGUCAUUCCUUCAGGCUGGAUUCAUGCCGUGUAUACUCCUACAGACACGUUAGUAUUUGGAGGCAACUUUCUGCAUAGCUUCAACAUCCCUAUGCAGCUAAAAAUAUACAACAUUGAAGAUCGGACACGGGUUCCAAAUAAGUUCCGCUAUCCAUUCUACUAUGAGAUGUGUUGGUAUGUCUUGGAGCGCUAUGUGUACUGUAUAACCAACCGUUCCCACCUAACGAAGGAGUUUCAGAAAGAGUCCCUCAGCAUGGAUCUGGAGUUGAAUGGGUUGGAGUCUGGAAACGGAGAAGAGGAAGCAGUGGAUCGAGAGCCCCGGCGCCUGAGCAGCAGGCGUUCUGUCCUCACUAGCCCGGUAGCUAAUGGGGUCAACCUGGAUUAUGAUGGAUUGGGCAGAGCCUGCCGAAAUCUUCCAAGUCUGAAGAAAACUUUGUCUGGGGACUCCUCCUCUGACUCCAGCCGGGGCUCCCACAAUGGCCAAGUGUGGGAUGCCCAGUGCAGCCCUCGGAAGGACAGGCAGGUGCAUCUCACCCAUUUUGAGCUUGAAGGCCUUCGCUGUCUUGUCGAUAAGUUGGAAUCUCUGCCACUGCAUAAAAAGUGUGUCCCCACGGGGAUCGAAGACGAAGACGCACUUAUUGCCGACGUGAAGAUUUUACUGGAGGAGCUUGCCAACAGCGAUCCCAAGUUAGCCCUCACUGGAGUCCCUAUAGUGCAGUGGCCAAAAAGGGAUAAGCUUAAAUUCCCCACCCGGCCAAAGGUGCGGGUCCCUACCAUCCCCAUCACAAAGCCUCACACUAUGAAGCCAGCUCCACGCUUAACCCCUGUGAGGCCAGCUGCUGCAUCCCCUAUCGUGUCAGGAGCCAGGCGGAGACGAGUGCGAUGUCGAAAAUGCAAAGCCUGUGUGCAAGGAGAGUGUGGUGUUUGCCACUACUGCAGGGACAUGAAGAAGUUCGGGGGGCCUGGACGCAUGAAGCAGUCCUGUGUCCUCCGACAGUGCUUGGCACCCAGGCUGCCUCACUCGGUCACAUGUUCCCUCUGUGGAGAGGUGGAUCAGAAUGAGGAGACACAGGACUUUGAGAAGAAACUCAUGGAAUGCUGUAUCUGCAAUGAGAUCGUGCAUCCUGGCUGCCUGCAGAUGGAUGGAGAAGGCCUGCUUAAUGAGGAAUUGCCGAACUGCUGGGAGUGCCCCAAGUGCUACCAGGAGGACAGCUCGGAGAAAGCCCAGAAACGGAAAAUGGAAGAGAGCGAUGAAGAAGCCGUACAAGCCAAAGUCCUGCGGCCCCUGCGGAGCUGCGACGAGCCCCUCACACCCCCGCCUCACUCACCCACUUCCAUGCUGCAGCUCAUCCAUGACCCGGUGUCCCCCCGGGGCAUGGUGACUCGGUCAUCCCCUGGGGCUGGCCCCAGCGACCACCACAGUGCCAGCCGCGAUGAGCGCUUCAAGAGGCGGCAGUUGCUGCGGCUGCAGGCCACAGAGCGCACCAUGGUACGGGAGAAGGAGAACAAUCCGAGCGGCAAAAAGGAGCUGUCUGAAGUUGAGAAAGCCAAGAUCCGGGGAUCGUACCUCACUGUCACGCUGCAGAGGCCCACCAAAGAGCUCCACGGGACAUCCAUUGUGCCCAAGCUGCAGGCCAUCACGGCCUCCUCUGCCAACCUGCGCCAUUCCCCCCGUGUGCUAGUGCAGCACUGCCCAGCCCGCACCCCCCAGCGUGGGGAUGAGGAGGGGCUGGGGGGAGAGGAGGAGGAAGAGGAGGAGGAGGAGGAAGAUGACAGUGCAGAGGAGGGGGGUGCAGCCAGGCUGAAUGGCCGGGGCAGUUGGGCUCAGGACGGAGACGACAGCUGGAUGCAGCGGGAGGUCUGGAUGUCUGUCUUCCGCUACCUCAGCCGCAGAGAACUUUGUGAAUGUAUGCGAGUGUGCAAGACGUGGUAUAAAUGGUGCUGCGACAAGAGACUUUGGACGAAAAUUGACUUAAGUAGGUGUAAGGCCAUCGUACCACAAGCUCUCAGUGGCAUCAUCAAGAGGCAACCAGUUAGCCUCGACCUCAGUUGGACCAACAUCUCCAAAAAGCAGUUGACGUGGCUCGUCAAUAGGCUGCCAGGGCUGAAAGACCUCCUCCUAGCAGGCUGCUCCUGGUCUGCAGUCUCUGCUCUCAGCACCUCCAGCUGCCCCCUUCUCAGGACCCUUGAUCUCCGGUGGGCAGUAGGAAUUAAGGACCCUCAAAUUCGGGACUUGCUGACUCCACCCGCUGAUAAACCAGGUCAGGACAAUCGCAGCAAGCUCCGGAACAUGACUGACUUCCGGCUGGCGGGCCUGGACAUCACGGACGCCACGCUUCGCCUCAUCAUCCGCCACAUGCCCCUCCUGUCUCGCCUCGACCUCAGCCACUGCAGCCACCUUACAGAUCAGUCCUCCAACCUCCUCACAGCCGUCGGGUCUUCCACCCGCUACUCCCUCACAGAGCUCAACAUGGCAGGUUGCAAUAAGUUGACAGACCAGACCCUGAUCUACCUACGGCGCAUUGCCAACGUCACCUUGAUCGACCUUCGCGGGUGCAAGCAGAUCACUAGGAAAGCCUGCGAGCACUUCAUCUCAGACCUGUCCAUCAACAGCCUCUACUGCCUGUCAGACGAGAAGCUGAUACAGAAGAUCAGCUAGACGCCCGGCCGACGGGACAGGGGCGAUCGUCCCCUGACUGCCCACCGAGGAGAGCCUCUCCCCGCCCCUGCACGGGCUCUGAAGCCAGCGUCACACUCCCUCUCUGCUCGCCUGUCCCCUGAGCCCCUCCGCUGGAGGCCAGGCGGGGAGGGCGGUGGACACGAGGCUGACCUGCCUGCCCCUCUUCCUCCUAAGGAACAGGGAGGCGCAGAUGGAGCCGAGGGGAGAGCCCGGGCUGUCAGGAGGCCAGGCUCUGAGUGCGGGUGUUUGUGCAGCCUUCAUCUGCACUGGGCCCUGGGCCCCUCCUCCCCACCCGUGGUCCCCAGCAGUGCCUGGUCCUGAGCAAGCUUCCAGGGAAGAAAGCGGCCCAGCCUCCGUGGCCAGGUUCUCCUUGAGGUGUCCGGUGCGUGUCUCUCCCGUCACUCUCCCGGCUUCUGCAGGAGGGGCGGCAGCCCCAGGACCGCCAGGCCCAGCAGGUCACACUGGUGCUGUGGAGGCGGCCGAGACCUCGCGCCCGCGUCUGCGCUGUCCUCCUCCCUGAGCGCAAUGUCCUUCGCGCCAUGAGGUUUCCCACCCGCCCCGGCCCAGGCUUCCCACGAGUCUCUGUGAGGUCCUUGUUGCACUUACUGGGGUUGAAGCUCUUUCGAGGAGCUGGAACUGCCUACCCCAGGGACACCCCCAGUUCAUCCCUGCCCGGGAAGAUUCUGAGACAGGCACCACCUCCCCGACUGCCCUUCCCACAUGUCCUCAUCCCUGCCUGGAUAGGGCUUCCCUAGGAUGCGUGUCACCGAGAGCAGCCUGUCUCCCCCAGCAUGGGGCAGGCAGAGGCCUGGGCCACGUCCCCACCUGCCUGCCAGCCAGGUUCCUCCAGGCCUCUGGUUUAGCGUAGCCCCCAGAGCCCGUGGGCUCGCUGGGGCAGGGGGUCCAGCUUAGAAGCCAGUCACCUGCCCUCUGUCGCCGUGGAAGGGGGUGUGCAUGUGCCUCUGUGUGUGUGGCUGAGUGUCGUGCGUGUGUGUGGAGGAGGGUGGGGGAGCGCGCUGUCUCCCGCUCCACCGUCCUGUGUCAAGCCCCAUCAGCUGCCCCCUUUGCAUUCAACGGCCUGUCCAAAGAUCCUCUCUCUAGGGCAGCAGAGAGCUUUUUGCACUUUAAAAAAAAGAAAAGAAAGGAAGGUGGGAAUCUCGUGGUCAGUACGUGUGAGGGGAUGCUGGGCGGAGCUGGACAGCCGCGGAUCUGCACUCUGCUCCCUGCAAGGACACUGAUAGCACAACCUCGCCCGCCGCCUCGUCCUCCAGCCCCUGCCUUCCUGACCCCUUCCCGGUGGCCCAGUCUCAGGCUUUCCUCCUCCAGCCCUGCGGCCGGAGGGGCCGGAGCCCAGGUGCAGGGGCCUGAAGCGCGAGCCGCCCAGAGGAGAGACGCCAACUGCACCCUUGCACUUCCAAAGCAAUAGAGACCCUCUUUGCCACCUGGCCCAGCUUUGACUGGCAUUAACCGGCCUCAGGAGCCUGGGCCCUGGUGGGGGUGGUGUUGUGUCUGUUUCUUCGGAUCUGCUGAUGUCUGCUCCCGUGACCCUCCGCCCGUCUGUCGGCCUCCAGGCCCCGGCACUCGGGGCUGGAGCUUUGAGGAAAUGCCAGUGACUUAUUCCAGAGUGCCUCAGUUAGGGGACUUCUCUGCAAAGAACCCUGGGUAUCGAGCAAAACCUUACUGAUAUUACCGCUAAGGACCCGUACGUGGAAGCUUCCUGCCUUUUUUUGGUUGCUCCUGUGGAAAAUACUGCAAAUAUGACUGUUUUGUUUCCUUGUCUUUUUAUAAGGGAGGUGGAGAGACCCCCUCAGCAGGGAUUGUGCCGGGAGAGUGCCUCUGACUUCGGGACAUUGCAGCCACAGGAAUUCCAAGCUGAUGCUUUGUUUUGGGUUUUGGUUUUUAAUGUUUGUUUGGGGGUUUGGCAAAACAAGCAUUUUUACCGUGCACGUAAAUUGGCCCACGGAAAAGGGAGCCCAGGAGCGGCGGCCGACGGCCCGAUGCCCUCGCUGGGCUUGGCUUUUCUUUGGGACUGUGAGGGGGAACUGGAUUUUAGAGGCGGAGGAAGAGAAGUGUCUCUGGGGACAGCAGAGCCUGGCGCUGCCCCGCGCGGCCCUGCCGGGAGAGGCCACCCUCAGACUGCAGGACCCGGCCCUGCCUCCAUCUGUCCAGCACCGGGGCGAAAAACCACAAAGGAAAGGAAGAAAAUUUAUAUAUAUAUAAUAUAAAAUCACUUGGUGAUUAAAAAUAACUGCUCCAUAAAUAAAACUCCUAAAGUCACUAUG